AUGCUCUCCCGAAUCCAAAUUCCCUCUUUUACAACCCUAGCCCUAUCCCUCCUCCUCACCAACCUAGCGACAAGCACAACAAUCCCCAAAAACGAACCCCAACUCCUCUCAAACGUCACCCUCAAUACAGACGAUGGAUUCUCCCUCUUCACCGAGAACCCAGGUCUAAACGCCCGCGCGUUAGAAUGCAGAAUCGGAUACAGCGAAUGCGCCUACGAUACCAGCCGCUGUUGUCCAUCCAGCGGGAAAUGCUGCGGGAACGGGUACUGUGCCAAUAUAGGCGAGACAUGCUGCGCAGGCGGUGGUACAUGUUCGAUUGGAUAUAAGUGCUGUACCGGGGGAUGCGCGCCGCUAGGCGGGGAGUGCUGUUCAGAUGGUUACUAUUGUCGGGCGGGGAAGAAGUGUCGCAUCUACGAUGGGGAGAAGGUUUGUUGCCCGUUGAGCGGUUGUAUUGGGGAAUACGAUGGCAUUGGAUCUGGGGGUACGCUUACGGUUCCGGAUGUUACGUCUACGGCGACGGAGACGGAGAUUGAGACGACUCGGGCGACGACGACCUAUGUUGAGGUUGAUUGGGAUUAUUAUUAUACUACUGUCUACUGGACUUAUUGGUUCUAUUACUGGACUUCUUAUGCACCCUAUACUGUUCAGACGGUUACAUCUACAAUCACCAGUACUCGUACUAUAUGGUCUGUUUAUGCGACAAACAGAGCGGAGGCGACGUCGUCGCUUAGUAGGAGUUCGGCUCGUUACUCGUUCUCGACUCCUUACGAGGCGACUUCUCUUAAAAGCUCGACAGCACCUGUUGCCUUGCCGACCGGUGCUGCUGCUCCGUCUGCCACUGUGUCUGAUUCGACAGAUGAUACUGUUUCAGCUGGUCCGGUUAUUGGGGUAAGUUCUGCCGAGAGUGUGAGCGUUAGUGGGACUGGCAUCCUGGCUGCUGUCUUGGCUGCUGCUGUUGGUGGAUUGGCCUUUGGGCUGUGA